AUGUUCUUCAGGCUUUUCUUCUUUCUGCUUUUGCAGCUGCCAUUGUCUGUGGGCAGGGAGCAAGGGACUCCAUGCCACCUAGAAAGGUCUUUCAGCCCCACAUACUUCAGAGAUGGGGAUCUUGUUGUUGGAGGAUUUUUUCCUUUACUCAUACAUAAAGUGCCCACAUUUAAAUAUUGGAAAAUGUUUUGGUUUCGUCCUCAAUAUAAUAAUGAAGAUUAUAAGUGGCAGCUCAAACACUAUUAUCAAGUCCUGGCUUUUAUGUUUGCUAUAGAAGAAAUCAACAGGAACCCGAAUCUGUUGCCCAACAUUUCUUUGGGAUUUCAUGUCUACAAUGCUUAUCACAAUGAUGAGAGAGCCUUGGAGAGUUCCCUCAUGUGGCUGUCAGGCCAGGGACAGACCAUUCCAAAUUACAGCUGUGAAAGGCAGAGAAAGUCUGUAGUGGUGAUUGGAGGAGCCACUAGUGAAAUGACUUUCUCCAUGGGAACUCUACUGGAGCUCUAUAAGCUCCCACAGAUCAGCUAUGGUCGCUUUGAUCCACUCAUAAGUGACCCACUUCAGUUUCCUUCUGUUUAUCAGAUGGCCCCCAGUGACACCUCUCUUCCCCUUGGCAUGGUCAGGUUAAUGCUUCAUUUUAAAUGGACUUGGGUGGGUCUUGUUGUCUCAGAUGAUUCAAGAGAUGAGAAAUUCCUCAGGGACCUUCAAGAAGAAAUGGCCAGAAAUGAUGUCUGUGUGGCCUUUAUAGAAAAGAUCUCCACUAGUUAUUCAUUAAAUGCAAAAUUGUAUCAAACUUUUAUAUUCAGGAUAUUUCGUUCUACAGCAAAUGUGCUUGUCAUUUAUGGAGAUACAAAUUCACUUCUGAGCCUGAUGUUUACAAAAAAUCCUUAUGUCCUUGUAAGAAGAGUGUGGAUCACUACCAGUCAUUGGGAUGUUGCCAAAAAACCUGGUUAUAUCUAUUUUGAUAAUUUCCAUGGGGCUCUGAUAUUUUCAGAUCAGACAAGUAGGAUUCCUGAGUUCAAACAUUUUCUGAAAACUGUUAACCCUGCCAGAUACCCAGAGGAUAUUUUCCUUAAGAACUUUUGGAACUCGGGUUUUGGAUGUGUAUAUAAACAUGGAAAGGAAGGUGAAGGUAUCUGUUCACUAAAUGCCUCUUUAGACACAAUACAGCUGAGCUAUUUAGACAUCACUAUGUCUGACCAGAGUUAUACUGUCUACACUGCUGUGUAUGCUGUGGCCUGGGCCCUUCAUGAGAUGUUCUUGGUGAGAUCGGAAAUGGAAUCCAAUGUAGAUAGGAACAACAGAAUUGUUUCCCUUCAUAAGCUCCAUUACUUUCUGAAGAAUAUCCAGUUUAACACUAAUGCUGGGAAACUGGUGGUCUUGGAUAAGAAGAGGAAGUCUCUGGCAAACUAUGAUAUUCUCAACUAUGUGACUUUUACCAAUGAUACUGAAGUCUUGAUAAAAGUAGGAGAGUUUACUCCUCAAGCUCCACUUGGCCAAGAUUUCACCAUCCAAGAGAAGGCCAUUACGUGGCCCAGAUGGAAUAAAAAACCUCCUCAGUCCAGAUGCAGUAAAGUCUGUGGUCCUGGAUUUCAGAAGAAAGCCCAGGAGGGAAGGCCUUUCUGCUGUUUUAACUGUGACCCCUGCCCAGAGAGGCACAUUUCCAACCAGACAGAUGCAGAUCAAUGUGUGAAAUGCCCUGAAGAUCAAUAUCCCAAUCACCAGAGGAAUCAAUGCCUCCCAAAAAUGGUGACCUUCCUAGACUAUGAAGAGCCCUUGGGGAUGGCCUUGGCUUCUAUAGCUGUUUGUUUGUCUCUCCUCACAGCUCUGGUUCUCUGGGUCUUUGUGAGGUACAAAAACACCCCCAUAGUCAGAGCCAAUAACAGGGAUCUCAGCUACAUCCUCCUCAUCUCCCUUUUCUUCUGCUUCCUCUGUUCUUUGCUCUUCAUUGGUCACCCAACAGCAGCCCAUUGCCUUCUCCGACAAACAACCUUUGGAGUCAUGUUCACGGUGGCCGUCUCCACUAUUUUGGCCAAAACGAUCAUUGUGAUUCUGGCCUUCAGAGCCACCAGACCAGGCAGCAGGAGCAGGAAAUGGAUGGGAUCCAGAGCACCCAUUUCUGUUGUUCUCUUUUGCACCUUGAUUCAAGGCAUGCUCUGUGGAGUCUGGCUGCUGCUCUCUCCCCCAUUCCCAGAGGCAGACACACACUCUGACCACGAGCACAUUAUCUUGGGCUGUAAUGAGGGUUCCCUUAUUGCCUUCUAUUUUGUCCUGAGCUACAUGGGAGUCUUGGCCCUGGCAAGCUUCGCUGUGGCCUUUUUUGUUAGAAAUCUCCCGGACACGUUCAAUGAAGCCAAGUACAUCACCUUCAGCAUGCUGGUGUUCUGCAGUGUCUGGGUCUCCUUCCUCCCCACGUACCAGAGCACCAAGGGGAAGAUGAUGGCGGCCGUGGAGAUCUUCUCCAUCUUAAGCUCCAGUACUGGCUUGCUGGCCUGCAUCUUUAUCCCCAAAUGCUAUGUGAUCCUUCUGCAGCCCCACAGGAACAUCAAGAAAUCUUUAAAGGAUAAUAAGUGUUGA